AGAGAUUCACGGUGGAUUUGAGAACGCAAGAUCGCGAGGGCCUAUCAAAUAUGUCCUCUUCCUCGCAGGCGUCUUCCAGGCGGCAAUGGUGCUACCUUUGCGACCUGCCAAAGAUGCCGUGGGCCAUGAUUUGGGACUUCAGCGAGGCCGUGUGCAGAGGCUGCGUGAACUACGAGGGCGCGGACAGAAUAGAGCUGCUCAUCGACGCGGCGCGGCAGCUCAAGCGAACACAUGUGAUGCAGGACGGCAGAUCUCCGGGUCCGCAGCCCGGCGGUAAACACGGUCCCGCUGGUAAGGAGGGUCCUAUGGAGACCGGCAGACCGCCUUCCGAGCGAUAUGAACGGGGAAGGGGAGAAUACAUGUCUGCCAGGCUGCCCAACGGGCUGCCCAGACUGGAAGAUGGAGGUCCGCCUGAGGUUAGUAGACAGAGUCCUACCGCCAGGAGGACUUUAGUGGGGGCUGUGCCACCCAAUUUAAUGGCGCAAGGGCUUGUCGGAGCCCCUCAUGGCCUGCUGACUGCCAUGCCUGGUCUGAAUGCCCGAGCUGGCGGCGCCCCCUUGACCAUUUCUGCCCCCAUGUUAAACGAGCUCAGCAAAAGACAGGCCAUGGGGAUGAACGUGGGCGUGGCGUCUUUCAUGAUCCCGGAAUUCGAAAAGGAGCUCAAGGAGAAGCAGAGGAAUGCUGAAGCCCUCGCCGAGCUUUCCGAAAGCAUCCGGAACCGCGCAGAAGAAAGAGAUUCACGGUGGAUUUGA